AUGAGUCUGCAUCUCAUGCAACGAGAUGAGCCAGUGGCCGCCGCCAUCCCCAUGGGAGGGAGGGUCAUCUCAAUGAUCCUCUCUCUCGUCACACUCACUAUCCUCGCCAUUUGCAUUACUCGCCGCAUCCAGAAUGUUGGGAAGUGGAACCACCUGCCCAUCACAGGCUGGCUGAUCAUCAUCAUCUACUUUGAUUCUUUCCUCUUUGUCUUUGUCACGGCAAUGUUCAAGGAUAUCGGCAUAAACGAAUCGCAAGGCAUCUGCGAAGGUGCAAUUCUACUAUGCCUCGUCUGUUAUAUGAGCACCAAGGUCUUCAUAUACACCUUCCUGGUCGAGAAAGCAUACAUCGUUCGUGGCAGCCACAAGCCGAGGCUUAGCGACAGGCUUUACAUAUUCAACGCCUUCGGCCUGAUUAUUCCUUAUGUUGGCAUCGUAAUCCUGAACUUUGUCUGGAGGAUCGCAUACAUCUCCCCGCGAGGAACUUGUAUUAUUGGCAUGCAAAAGAAAGCCAUGAUGCCACUCAUCAUCUUUGAUGUCGUCAUCAAUGUCUACCUAACUGCCCUCUUCAUAAUUCCUCUUCGCCGACUUUACUCAUACCGGCAUAACACCAACAAGACCCUCCGUAUCAUGGCUCUCCGUACAUUUAUUGGUAGCUGCGCAACCCUCACCUCUAGUGUCGUCAACCUUACCGUCUUGAUGAUUCUGAAGGGAGAGCCAGGAUGGAUAUGUCUUAUGUGCUGCAACGCCGACAUCUUGUUCUCAGUCCUCGUUCUCCACUGGGUCACAAGCUUCGAUAAACCCACCACCGACAGCAUCUAUGCCCGCGAGCAAAACCGUAACGACGGCUCUGGAAAUACUGCCAACAGACCUUCUCAGAAUGGGACAACUUCGACGGCGAAUGGCCAGCUACCUAAUGGCGAUCUUGGAAGCAAAGGGAGGAGGGACAGCCUACGGCGGGACUCGCAUUGUCCUGUUCAGAACAAGACUGGAUGGGACGCGAAGGCUACCAUCAAGACACAGUGCUGUGCUGGAAACGAUCAACCUCAUCCCGGAGAUAUUGCUAUGGAUCGUAUCGUUGUUAGGACCGAGCGUAUCUUGAAGAUCGAGAGCGACGACCAUAGCGAUCAGAGUGACACCACUGCAGGUCCUGAUUCUGGGGCAUGCAGCCGAGGUUGUAGUAGCACCGAUGGCAUCGUGGAUCGGGUGUGA